CGCCCGGCCCGAGGGCCCGCCCCCCGCGCGCUGCCAUUGGCCAGGGCGCGCCGGGGCUCGGUCGGUACCGCGUUGGGCAACGCCGCGGUAGCUCCUCGGGAACUGCCCGGGCUCCGCUCCGCCGGGGCCCGGCGGUCACCGGGGCGAGCGGAGGGACCGCGCCCCGACAGCGCUGGACAGCGCCCGGAACCGCCGCGCGGCCGGCGCGUUCCCCGCCGAGCCCCGUCCCGUUGUUAUGACGACACGGCCGUAAAGCCGCCAUCUUGCGGCGCGUUGCGACACGGGGGCCGCGAUGGCAACGGGCGCGGGGCCGGCGGCGCUUACGGCAGCAGCGGCCGGGCCGGGCCGGGGCGCGGCCGCCGCGGCCCCCGGGCCCCCCGCGCCCCUCGCGGCCCCCGCCGCCCUCAUCGGCCUCCCGCCGCCCUUCGGCGAGCAAGACGAGGAUGACGUGCACCGCUGCGGGCGCUGCCAGUCCGAGUUCAGCUCGCUGCAGGAGUUCGUGCAGCACAAGCUGCAGAAGCGCUGCCAGCGCCCUCCCGACGCGCUGGCCGGCCUGCUCGGGCAGGACGGACAAAAGGUGGUUCCUGCUGUCGAGGAGUCCAUCACUGUUGCUCACAUUGUCGUUGAAGCCUCUUCCAUAGCAGAGGAGAUCAGCGACGCCUCGGCCAUCGUAGGCAGUGGGCACAUCAAAGAGGUCAUUGUAGCAGGAGAGCACGUGUUUGAGAACCCGAAUGGCCACGUGGAUGGGGAGGUCAGUGAGGAGCAGGGCAGCCCCGAGGAGCAGGAGCAGGACACGUCCAGCGAGCUGAUCAAGGUCAAGCUGCAGGUCAACAAGGAGGGGCGAUACGUGUGUGAGCUGUGCCAGAAGACAUUUAAAACUGCCAGCAUCCUCAAAGCUCACAUGAUCACUCACAGCAGCAGGAAGGACUAUGAGUGCAAACUCUGUGGGACCUCCUUUAGGACAAAGGGGUCUCUGAUCCGACACCAUCGGCGGCACACGGAUGAAAGACCUUACAAAUGCAAGAAAUGUGGGAAAAGCUUCCGGGAAUCAGGAGCUUUGACUCGGCACCUUAAAUCUCUGACGCCUUGCACUGAAAAAAUCCGCUUCAACGUGACCAAAGAAAUAGUUGUCAACAAAGAUGAUCUGCCAUCAGGGCCCUGCAGCUCCAGCACAGACACGGUGUCCUCCAUAGCGAGCGAAUCCAUCGAGGCCUCCCCUGUCAUCCACCUCGUGACAGAUGCAAAAGGCAACGUGCUCCAUGAGGUCCACGUGCAGAUGCAGGAGCUUCCCGUGGUGGAUGCAAAACCCCUGGAGCCAGAUCCGCAUCCCGAGGAGCUGCCCUGCGAGGGGGAGGUGAACAGUGAGAACCUGCUGAGGCAGGCCAUGAGGAAUUCGGGCAUUGUCAUCGAGAGAGUGGCCGUGGAGGAGGUGCAGAAGCCAGAGGAACCUGUGGCAGCUGCUCCAGAAGAGCUGGAAAACAAAGGGGUGGAAGUAGAAGAGGAGCCGUGUGGGGAGCAGUGUGCUAAACUGGAAGGAGCAGAGUCUCAGACACCUGCAGAAAGAACCAACGGGUACAAACGUUACAUUUGCUCUCACUGUAAUGAAGCCUUCAGUGAAGCUGCUGCCCUGGAAACUCACAGCAAGAGUCACACAGAGUACAAACCUUUCAAGUGUGAGGAGUGUGGCAAGGAGUUCACCAAGGGCUACCUGCUGAAGAAGCACCAGGAGGUGCACGUGAACGAGCGGCGGUUCCGCUGCGGGGAGUGUGGCAAGCUCUACAAGACCAUAGCCCACGUCAAGGGGCACCGGCGCGUGCACUCGGACGAGCGGCCCUACGCCUGCCCCAAGUGCGGCAAGCGCUACAAGACAAAGAACGCCCAGCAGGUGCAUUUCCGGACCCACCUGGAGGACAAGCCCUACGUGUGCCAGUUCUGCAGCCGGGGCUUCCGGGAGAAGGGCUCCCUGGUGCGCCACAUCCGCCACCACACCGGCGAGAAGCCCUUCAAGUGCUACAAGUGCGGCCGCGGCUUCGCCGAGCACGGCACCCUCAACAGGCACCUCAAAACCAAAGGCGGCUGCCUCCUGGCUAUGAAGGAGGUGGAAGAAGUGAUAGUGUCAGAGGAGAGCCAGUCUGCUGACAACCUGGCAGCCACGGUCCUUUCGGAGGAUCCGCACACGGUGCUGGUGGAGUUCUCCUCGGUGGUGGCAGACACCCAGGAGUACAUCAUCGAGACUUCUACCGAAGACAUGGAGACCAGUGAAGCUACUGAAAUAAUAGAGGGAACAAGACACGAGGUGGACAGCCACAUCAUGAAGGUGGUGCAGCAGAUCGUGAACCAGGCCAACUCGGGCCACCAGAUCAUCGUGCAGAACGUCACCGUGGCCGAGGGCGCCGCGGCCGCCGACGCCGCCGACACCAUCACCAUCGCCACGCCCGAGAGCCUGACCGAGCAGGUGGCCAUGACGCUGGCCUCGGCCAUCGGCGACGGCGCCGUGCUGGCCGCCGAGGGCGGGCUGGCCGCGCAGGAGGCCACCGUCACCAUGGUGGCCUCCGAGGACAUCGAGAUCAUGGAGCACGCGGGCGAGUUCGUGAUCGCCGCCGCGCAGGAGGGAGAGGUGGAGGUGCAGACCGUGAUCGUGUGAGGGGCUCGGGCUGCUCGGGGAGCGCGCGAGUGGUCAGGGGGCAGGGCAGGUGUGAAACGGGGCAGGUCUAAAAUGGGACAGGACAGGUCUAAAAUGGGAUAGAACAGGUCUGAAACGGGACAGGGCAGGUCUGAAAUGGGACAGGGCAGGUCUGAAACGGGGCAGGACAGGUCUGAAAUGGGAUAGAACAGGUCUGAAACGGGGCAGGGCAGGUGUGAAACUGGAUAGAACAGGUCUAAAAUGGGAUAUAACAGGGCAGGUCUGAAAUGGGGCAGGUCUGAAACGGGACAGGACAGGUGUAAAAUGGGAUAUAACAGGUCUGAAAUGGGAUAUAACAGGCCUAAAACAGGACAGGACAGGUCUAAAAUGGGAUAGGACAGGCCCAAAGGGGACAGGGCAGGUCUAAAAUGGGAUAUAACAGGUCUGAAACGGGACAGGACAGCUCUAAAACUUGAUAGAAAAGGUCUAAAAUGGGAUAGAACGGGUCUGAAACAGGACAGGACAGGUCUAAAACUGGAUAGAACAGGUCUAAAAUGGGAGAGGACAGGUCUAAAAUGGGAAAGGACAGGGCAGGCCUGAGGUGUUCUCAGUCUAAAUCCAACACCGGGAGUUAAACCCUUGGCCUGGUCGCCCCGAGGAGACUGACAGGUCCCAAGUGGCACUCAGUAUUCUGUACAGCAGCCUGGAAUUAAGGAGGAUCCUUUGGGAGUCAGCCCCCUGUGCCCAGCACUGGGACAGCAGUGGUCUGGUUUUUAAAAGGAUCAGAAAGUGUAGCAAGUGUGUGGGGGUCUCACGAGGGAUUACUGAAAUAUAUGCAUUUAAAACAAGUUGAGAAAACCAAACCUAAGGAGUGGUGGUGUGUGCUGAGCACCACUGAAACACUCUCAUGCCUUUAACCUCACUCCUUCAGGCCUCCCAAGGCACGGUACUGCAGUAUUUCUCUUUUCUUUGGUAUCCUGGACAAGUAGCCUUAUGUACUGGUCUAUGAAUGCAUCAUUGUACCCUGCAAUGCCAGCCAGGCUGCUCUGAGAGCCAGCCUGGGGGCUGGAAAGCCAUAUUGUAUAGCAAUUUGGUUUUUUUUAACCAUAUAUGGAUUUUUAAUUGCAUAUUGUACAGAUUUGGCAUGUAAAUAAAUACAUUUUUAAAAAUAAAAUUAUUUAAAGUUCUUACUACA